UGCACGUAGGUGUCAUUCGGCGUCGGGAUAAGUCAUGAAUCGUCGCUCCCGAGCAGUCUCCUCUUUCCGUCCCGUGCCCGUCGAGUGAACCCCGAGGGCUGACUCGUUGGUCUCUAUGACGGGGCUGUCUCACUUGGUGCUCCGCUUCUCGGGCACCGCGGGUCGCACCUACGGAGUGUUUUCCAAAGGCCUGACCAGGACUUUGUUGAUAUUCUUCGAUUUGGCCUGGCGACUUCGUAUCCGAUUCCCCUACAUCUAUCUUGUCGCUUCGAUGAUGUUUAAUGUCAGACUUCAGGUCCACAUUGAGAUCCACUGACGGUGGCGUCCAUGACUCUGCUUGCACCGAACGACGAGCUUCCUGAUGAGGAGGAGGACGCGCUCGACACCAGCUGGGUCACCAAGGCAGCAGGCAACCUUUCCUCUCGCCCUUACGCCGCGAGUCCAGUGCCUUUUGGGGGAGGACACUCACGGUGGCGUGCCUGGAGAUGACUUGUGAGUGGGGACGAAGGAUCCCGUUUGAGAUUCAGGAGCUGCUCCGUUUUUUUUUUUCCCACCUCUGGCGCGACACUGCCUUUUGUUCUUUGGAUGUCAAAGUAUGAUCAUCCAUUAUCAACACAAAUACAUUAUUUUAAAAAAAGUUUUGGAUAUUGGACUUUUGGGUGAAAUUUCAUGGGGAACCUAAAAUGCACUGUGACACCGGCCACUGUAACAUUAUGCAGGUCGAACAUUAAACCUGUACUUAAAUAUGGGGGGGUGGGGGGUGGUGGUGGAAACAGUAGUUACAAAAAAAUGUAACUAAAGCAACUUAAAAGUUAAAUACAACUGAACUGUAAAUUUCCCCAGUGUGGGACAAAUAAAAGGAUAUCUUAUCUUAACUGUAUCCAACAGUGAUUCUUUCAGGAAACACGCGGGAAAACCUGCGUGCCUCUCUUGUUACAGGUGAACUUCAUUUGACUUUCUGUAAACUUUUGAAAUCCAAAGUGCAGUGGCAGUUUCUGGCAUGUGUGUUCUGUGCGUCUAACUGUUUAGUCCCAAUACUUUUUGCGCAACUUGCUGUUCUCGAACAAGGAGCUGAACAGCAACAUUUGGACAUGGUAUUCGAUCUUUCCAUGAACCAUUAAAUGUCUGUCCUGGAUCAAUUAGAAUUCAAAUUGAAAUCGCCCUCUUCAUCUUGCUGUUGAUGUAUUGACAUCAUGACCCAAAGCCGAUGUUGAAAAACUGUUCUACAGUAUGAGGCUUUAACAAGGAAGUAGCUACUGUUUUAAGAGCAUGAAGUCAUCUGCAAGUUGCAACAGAGUCAAGUUGACUGGAAAUGAGAAGCCUUUAAAAGUGCUCAAAAGUGUCUCGAAGGGCUUCACAGGCCUAAAGUUGACAGAGAUCGACAACGUCAAACAGGCCAUAAUCAAGGUAGCGGGCUAAGGCAGAGCAAUAUGCAACUUGCAAACACAUGAGUCUCAAAUUGAGAUGUCUACAGAGGUAGCUGCUCUGAUUUCCGCUGUUAGGCCGUCCCAGAGUGAUGAAACCCGAAUACAGAAAGAUCUCGAAAAGCCAUGAGCAACCGAAAUGCUUGAGUGAGCUCAGUGCUACUUGGAAGCCACAAGGGCCCACGCAGCUCCUAACCAGAUGUAGAACAAAAAUGCUAUUUUAAAUAUGGACAAGACGUCAUUUUUGAUCAUGCAUUUUUCAAUGCAUACUAUAUGUAAACGAUUCACUAAAACAACAAAAGCUUUGCAGCAAACAAUAAACUAAUCACAUACUGUGAUUAAUGUUUUUCUCACCAGCAUAAAUUGCUCUGUUGCGUAAAUAUUUGCAUUCAAAGACGACACAAAACUACCGAACAAGAAUCCGAAAUUAAGUGCAAAAACAUCGUUUUUUUUCUCACUCAAUUUUUUUUGUGGGAGUUUGUCCUGCUUAUCAUUCCAAUUUCCCCCCCAAAAUAUAAACACAACAAAAAUGUGUCUGUCAUCUAGUGGUGAUUGGUGAUAUUACAACCUAAAACUAUACAUGCCUCCUGCAUCGUCGCACUUUUGCACCCAUGUAUUCACAUAUUUGCAGAUUUUUGGUUUGAGGGAGGAUUUCCCCCACAUUUCCUAUAGUUUUUCUUGCCCAAAAUACAUUGACUGUUCAGUGUUUUUUUGAAGAAUUUCUUGGGUUUGUGGAACAAAAACCAUUUUUUUUAAAUAUUGUAGGCUGCCAGUUACCCAUCCCUGCUCAUGAACCUGUAGACUUCUCUUUAGCUCUUAAGGGUCACCAAAAACUCAUCAGCGAGACUGGAAGAGUCACAGAAAGGCUUCGUAUUAAAACCCUUGUACAUUUUGCCGCUCGGCUACAUGUUGAACAGCAAGUUGCGCGAAAAGAACUGAAACAUUCAGCAGAUAACUGCACCAAGGUUACAGUGCCUUUUAGAUUCGUCCUGAAAUGUCACCCCCAAGGCUAAUAUGCCGACAUUUUGGUGAGCAUUCUAUCUUCGGCUCUGACCUUUGACUUUUAUGUGUUCUGCUGUGACCACAGCAGAAAUCAAAUAUUGUAGCUGAUCGUGAACACAAGCAUGACUUUUUGUGUGGACAUUUGAAUGGAAGUUGCAUUGAGUCUUGAAGUACGCUGGCUACCUCAACUCAGCUCCCCGAGUGGAAACUUUGCAGUCUUAAAGGAAAUACGGCAUUGUGAUCAUCCAGGCCGUCAAGCUCACUCAACGUUAUUUCUGCUCUUUGCCGGUACAGGUCGGCGGGGAAGAAGAUGGUCUUCACAACGGAAGACAGAAAAUGCUUUUAUCUGCCGCCUUUAUUUGUGUGAGUGUGUUCGGAUGGAAAUGAAUGAAUUUGUGAAAGCAAUAAAUUAAUCCAAGCAACA